AUGGCCUGGCUGUCGACACUUAAUCCCGUGCCUGGCUUUCCCGAGUACAGCGGGCCCUAUAAGGUGGGCUCUUUCGACGUAGAAAUUCCCGUCUCGGAGCUCGAGUCGCCCAGUCCGCCUCCCGCAUCGAGCGUAUCGACAGUUUCUUUCCGCGUCUUCUAUCCAUGUGAACCUGGUGCAAAAGAAAGGGCAGUCCGGUGGAUCCCAUCGCCACAAAGGGGCUAUGUGAGCGCAUAUGCUCGCUUUCUGGGAGCCGGUUCUGCCCUCGCCCAGGUCUUUGCCUACUGUCCACAGUUUUUAUACUACACAACCGUCCCCGUCAACCGGAACGCACGUUUACUACCACCACCCACGAAUUCGAGCAGAUGGCCUGUCAUGAUUUUUAGCCAUGGACUUGGAGGCUCAAGGAAUGCAUACUCGCAGAUAUGCGGCUCCAUCUCCAGCCAUGGAAUGGUAGUCAUCGCUCCAGACCACCGCGACGGAAGCGCUCCAAUCUCGUACGUUCGCGCGACAGAUGCCGCCGAGGCAAACAUCGUAGACUAUCAAAACGUACCACACAAGCCGGGUAAAGAGGUCUUCGACGCGAGAGACUCGCAGCUGAAGAUCAGGCUUUGGGAGCUUGGUUUGAUCCAUGAUGCGGUAUUGAAGAUGGGUGCUGGCGUGGACAUGAAGAAUCUGGACUCCAACAAGUCUCGAGACUCCAAGAAAGAUAGCAGCACCCUGCUUUCGAUGUUUCAAGGAAAACUGGAUGUCAAUCGGCCAGGCUCCAUCAGUUGGGCCGGUCACAGUUUUGGUGCAGCGACCGUCCAUCAGCUUGUCAAGUCGACCUUCUACCGACCGGACUCGCGAAUCGGGGGCUAUACGCCUCUGUUCACUCCUGCACCGGCUUCGUCAAUUGUUCAGCAGAUCACCAGCUCUUCGCCAGUCAUCCUCCUGGAUAUCUGGUGCCUUCCAUUGACAAGCCCGAACACCAAAUGGCUGGCGGACAAGCCAAUGCCGUGCUAUGCGCCUGAAGGACCUGGAGGCACGGCUCUGCUUGCCAUCCUAAGCGAAGCAUUUGUCAAGUGGGCCGACCACUUCCAGGAGACCAAGCGCAGGCUUUCGGAAGACCCUUCAUCCGACGCGCCCAGGCAGACAAAGCCGGCGCCACGAUUCUUUUACCCGUUGGGCUCCGCCCAUCUUUCGCAGUCGGACUUUGGUAUCCUUUUCCGCUGGGUGGUAAAGAAGUUCCUCAAGACGGACGAGCCUGAGCGAUACAUGACGCUUAACGUGCGUGCCAUUCUCCAGAUGCUUCGCGAGAAUGACUUCGAAGUAGCUGAUACGAGCCGAGCUGAGAUGGAGGAGGGAGAGGCUUCGGGUGAUAAGAAUGGGUCUGUUGCGGCGAAGGGCAAAACAGGGGAUUGGAAGAUUUUGGAGACGAAUGGGGCGGUCAGAGGCUGGGUUGCGCUUUCCACCAGUCUCGACAAGCCCUCGGACGGGGCGCCUCACGAUGCAGAUGCAAAGGGCGAACCACUCAGUCAAGUCAUCAAGAACGAGGGAGUGGAGCUUUGA